CCAGGCUGAAUACAUUUUUAAUCAGAUAUAUUUCUCACACUGCGUCCGCUGAUUCGGGUCCAUCAAGGUAUCAAAAAUGGAAAGCACUCCAGUGGAAAUAUUCAAAGAAGACAAUAAGUGCCUCUCCUCGCUGCUGGAGGACUGUCCGCUGAAUUCUUCAGCCUGGAUGUCCGGAUACUCCGAGAGCCGCAAUGUGACCCACGAUGACAGCUGGGAGUCGGAGGGCAUGUCUCCCAUCAUCCCCAUCAUCACUGCAGUCUACUCCGUGGUGUUUGUGGUCGGAUUGUUGGGCAACUGCCUCGUCAUGUAUGUCAUCAUCAGGUACACAAAGAUGAAGACCGCCACAAAUAUUUACAUUUUCAACUUAGCGCUCGCUGACGCCCUCGUCACCACCACAAUGCCCUUCCAGAGCACGGACUACCUGCUGAACACCUGGCCUUUUGGUGAGGUGGUCUGCAAGGUCUUCAUCUCCAUCGACUACUACAACAUGUUCACCAGCAUCUUCACUCUCACCAUGAUGAGUGUGGAUCGCUACGUGGCCGUGUGCCACCCGGUAAAAGCCCUGGACUUCCGCACUCCGAUCAAAGCGAAGAUGAUCAACGUGUGCAUUUGGAUCCUUUCGUCGGCCGCGGGGAUACCUGCUUUUAUCCUGGGUGGCACCCAGACGAAGAGUGGUGAGGAAAUGAAUAAAGCUGCAAAGUUUUAG